AUGCUUUCCUUCCAAGGGUUAGCGGAGUUGGCUCAUCGGGAGUAUCAGGCAGGAGACUUCGAAGCAGCAGAGAGACACUGCAUGCAGCUUUGGAGACAAGAGCCUGAUAAUACUGGUGUGCUUUUAUUACUAUCAUCCAUUCACUUCCAGUGUCGCAGAUUGGACAGGUCUGCUCACUUCAGCACUUUGGCUAUUAAACAAAAUCCAUUGUUGGCCGAAGCCUACUCGAAUUUGGGCAAUGUGUACAAGGAGCGUGGACAACUACAAGAAGCAAUUGAACAUUAUAGACAUGCACUACGCCUCAAACCAGAUUUCAUUGAUGGAUAUAUUAAUUUGGCUGCUGCGCUGGUAGCUGCAGGUGAUAUGGAAGGAGCAGUACAAGCAUAUGUGUCUGCCCUUCAGUACAAUCCUGACUUGUACUGUGUUCGUAGUGACCUGGGGAACCUGCUCAAAGCCCUGGGUCGCUUGGAAGAAGCCAAGGCCUGUUACUUAAAAGCAAUUGAGACUCAACCAAACUUUGCAGUGGCUUGGAGUAAUCUUGGAUGUGUUUUCAAUGCCCAAGGAGAAAUUUGGCUUGCAAUUCAUCACUUUGAAAAGGCUGUAACACUUGACCCAAAUUUUUUGGAUGCUUACAUCAAUCUGGGAAAUGUCCUGAAGGAGGCAAGGAUAUUUGACAGAGCUGUAGCAGCUUAUCUACGAGCCUUGAGUUUGAGUCCAAAUCAUGCAGUUGUGCAUGGCAAUCUUGCCUGUGUGUAUUAUGAACAAGGACUAAUAGACCUAGCAAUAGACACCUACAGGAGGGCUAUUGAACUACAACCCCACUUCCCUGAUGCCUACUGUAACUUGGCCAACGCCUUGAAGGAGAAGGGCAGUGUGGUAGAAGCAGAAGAAUGCUACAAUACAGCUCUUCGACUUUGUCCCACUCAUGCAGAUUCUCUCAACAAUCUAGCAAACAUCAAACGGGAACAGGGGAAUAUUGAGGAAGCUGUCCGUCUUUAUCGGAAGGCUCUUGAGGUGUUUCCAGAGUUCGCUGCUGCUCAUUCAAAUCUAGCAAGUGUUCUGCAACAGCAGGGAAAGUUACAGGAAGCUCUCAUGCAUUACAAAGAGGCUAUUAGAAUCAGCCCCACAUUUGCAGAUGCUUAUUCUAAUAUGGGAAAUACUUUGAAGGAGAUGCAAGAUGUUCAAGGAGCUCUGCAGUGCUACACCCGUGCCAUUCAGAUAAACCCAGCUUUUGCUGAUGCCCACAGCAACCUGGCCUCUAUUCACAAGGAUUCAGGGAAUAUACCAGAAGCCAUUGCCUCUUACCGUACUGCUCUGAAACUGAAACCUGAUUUCCCAGAUGCAUACUGCAACUUGGCCCACUGUUUGCAAAUUGUCUGUGACUGGACAGACUAUGAUGAAAGAAUGAAGAAACUGGUUAGCAUUGUAGCUGAUCAACUGGAGAAAAACAGACUGCCUUCUGUCCACCCACAUCAUAGCAUGCUGUACCCACUUUCUCACAGUUUUAGGAAGGCUAUUGCUGAGAGACAUGGAAAUCUGUGUUUGGACAAGAUUAAUGUUCUUCACAAGCCACCAUAUGAGCAUCCCAAGGAUUUGAAGGCCAGUGAAGGUCGACUUCGUAUUGGCUAUGUGAGCUCUGAUUUUGGAAACCAUCCAACUUCACACCUAAUGCAGUCAAUCCCAGGCAUGCAUAACCCGGACAAAUUUGAGGUAUUCUGUUAUGCGCUGAGUCCUGAUGAUGGUACAAACUUCCGUGUGAAAGUCAUGGCUGAAGCAAAUCAUUUCAUUGACUUAUCUCAGAUACCGUGUAAUGGAAAAGCAGCAGACCGCAUCCAUCAGGAUGGGAUACACAUCCUUAUUAAUAUGAAUGGUUACACCAAAGGAGCCCGAAAUGAAUUAUUUGCCCUGAGACCAGCACCUAUUCAGGCAAUGUGGCUAGGAUAUCCUGGAACCAGUGGGGCAUUGUUUAUGGAUUAUAUCAUCACAGAUAAAGAAACUUCUCCAGUUGAGGUGGCUGAGCAGUAUUCAGAAAAAUUAGCUUACAUGCCAAACACUUUCUUUAUUGGAGACCACGCCAACAUGUUCCCUCAUCUGAAGAAAAAAGCAGUCAUUGAUUUCAAGUCCAAUGGUCAUAUUUAUGAUAACAGAAUUGUUUUGAAUGGCAUUGACUUGAAGGCUUUUCUUGACAGCCUCCCCGAUGUCAAGAUUGUUAAGAUGAAGUGUCCUGACAGUUGUGACAAUGCAGAUGGCAAUGCUGCCCUCAGUAUGCCAGUCAUUCCUAUGAACACAAUUGCAGAAGCUGUGAUUGAGAUGAUUAAUCGUGGGCAAAUUCAGAUAACUAUCAAUGGAUUCAACAUCAGUAAUGGAUUAGCAACUACUCAGAUUAACAACAAAGCAGCAACUGGUGAAGAAGUUCCACGAACUGUAAUUGUUACUACCCGUUCUCAGUAUGGCUUACCAGAGGAUUCUGUUGUAUACUGUAACUUUAAUCAGCUGUAUAAGAUCGAUCCUUCCACUUUACAGAUGUGGGCUAAUAUCCUAAAAAGAGUUCCAAACAGUGUACUGUGGCUGUUACGUUUCCCAGCUGUAGGAGAACCCAAUAUUCAGCAAUAUGCACAAAACUUGGGUCUUUCCCAAAACCGAAUUAUCUUUUCUCCUGUUGCCCCCAAAGAAGAACAUGUGAGGAGAGGGCAAUUGGCUGAUGUUUGUCUAGAUACUCCGCUUUGCAAUGGGCACACAACUGGGAUGGAUGUACUUUGGGCUGGGACUCCAAUGGUCACUAUGCCGGGCGAGACUCUUGCAUCACGAGUUGCUGCCUCCCAGCUUACCUGCCUGGGUUGUCUUGAACUCAUUGCAAAAAGUAGACAGGAAUAUGAGGAUAUUGCCGUGAAACUGGGAACUGAUCUGGAAUACCUGAAAAAAAUACGUGGCAAAGUUUGGAAGCAGAGAAUAUCCAGUCCUUUGUUCAACACGAAACAGUACACAACAGACCUGGAGCGGCUUUAUCUUCAGAUGUGGGAUCACUACGCUGCUGGCAACAAACCGGACCACAUGAUUAAGCCAGUAGAGACUAGUGAGUCUGCAUGAAGAGACACUGUGUGCCCACCCAGAAUUCUCCAGGAACUGAGCCUCUGAAAUACUUCUGCAGAGAUGAUGAGCUAAACCUGUGCAUUUCUACUUAAUCCGCCUGGUACUCUGUGGCUGAAGUAAUACACGAUGGUGAUUAAAGCACAGCCAGACUUAUUUCUUGCAUGAUAGGGAA